GACAAUCAAAAGUUGAGUUACUUUACGCUUGAAUACAUGGUAUACAAUAUUUGUAUGUUUUCUAGAUCGAUGAGUUAGGCAGAUAUUCCUAAGACAAAAAACUCCUAUUAUAGGAGAGACGCAUAACGCAGCAUGGGAGGGAAGAAUUCAACAGUAAGUAAGGAGCAGCUGAAAGAGUUUAAGGUUUUGACGAAAGACGUGGUUUGCGAUGUGGUUGGUCUAUUGAAGGCUUUAGAUGCAUGCCAUGAAACAUCAGUAUCUUUACAGACAAAUCUGAGAGCCGCCAUAAACCCAUCAGAUGAUGAUCCAUCCAAUGACAAAAGUGAAGAAGAGCGAAUACAAGAAUGCCAAAGGAAUGCUUUGCAGCUAUUGAUUACAACAGAGGAAUUAACCUCAGGUCAGAAGAAAAAGACAGUGAACGAUUUCGAAAAGUUCCUUCGGUAUAUGACGAGUUCAAUAAAUAAAGAGAUUGAGUACAUACCUGAGGAUUUUAACGAAUCAUUAUUCGAAACAUAUAAGAAUAGAGACAUCAAUACGUAUUGUAAUGACAAGCAGGGACAAAUAAAACAGAUAAUCACGGAGAACAAAAGACUGAGGGAGAAAGUAAAAUUCUUACAACAAGAAGUCGAUAAUCGGAAGGCCAACAUAGACGAGCUUGUCAUUGGUCAAAACGAACAGAAAAAAAUCAAUAAAGAAAAACUAAGGAAUUUCGAGGAAUACAGAACAAAAGUAACUAAACAGAUGGAAGAUUUAGGAUGUCAGAUACAAGAUUUAAAUGGCAAGCAUUUAAAUCAAGAAAUUAAAGAACUGUCUGAUGUAUGUAUGCAAUUAAAGAAGCAGGAAAAUCAAUUUAAGCAAUGUUUACAGCAAUACUCACAUUCACAUCAAGAUGCGGCGGACAACAACGAUGCAAAUAUAUCCGAAAUACAAUGUCAAAAUUACACAAGUCUAACUGUUUUUGAAAACGACUUGUCAAGUCAGCAGGGUUUGGAUUUCAAGAAGAACGAGAGACCUAAGACAAAAAUUGAUAAAAGAGAAACUGAUGAAUACAGUGCAUUACAUGGAGAUCAUAAAACUUUGGGCAUUAUAGUUAAAAAGCAUGAAGAAUUGAAUAUUUGUCAUGACGACCUGAAACAUUUAUGCAUGCGAUUCAAGGACAUCUUACAUGAAUUUAAACAUGACACGAAGCUUCUUUUGGAAGAAAAAGACAAAGGAAAAAAAGAAAAUGAAGAACUUACUUUAAAUUUGAGGAAACAAACUAAUGAGUUGGAAAGAUUAAAUAACAUUAUUGAUGGUAUGAUGAAAAUGACUUCAAAAUAUGAGAAUGAUUCGGCUUUAGGCAUUGAUGAAAAAUCAUGUUUACUUGACGAACUUGAAAAACGAAAAAAUGAAAUCAUUGUGUUGAAUGAACAACUAGCUUUUGCAGAUCAGAAAUGUAAAGAUAAGACUAGUGAAUUUGAAAGCAAACUGAAAAAAAUGGCAAAUGAGAUUAAAGAACUACAUACAAAGAAAGGAAAGCUAGAGGCCAAUAAUAUUCAUUUGGUAAAAGAAGUUGUAGAACAAAAGCAGGAAAUAACAGUAGAGCACGACAAAAUCGAUGGCCUGGCAAAAACGUGUGCUAAGUAUGAAAAUGAUUUGUCAUGGCUCAGGGGGGAAACAGAUACUGGCAGACAGAAAAUAGAACGUCUGGAAAGUGAAUUAAGUGCACUAAAAGAUGAAUGUUGCAAUUAUAAAAACACUAAUGGAUCAUAUUUGACAGAAAUUGCUGAACUUAAGUCAUCAAUGACGAUGCAAAAAACGGAGCAAUGUGAAGAUAUUAAAACCAGAGACAGUGAAAAAUCAAGUUUACUUGACGAAAUUGAAAAACGAAAGAAUGAAGUCAUUGCGUUGAAGGAACAACUAGCUUUUGCAGAUCAGAAAUGUAAAGAUAAGACUAGUGAAUGUGAAAGUAAGCUAAAAGAAAUGACAAAUGAGAUUAAAGAAGUGCAUGCAGAGAAGGUAAAACUAGAGGCGAAAAAUGAAAUUUUGGUGAAAGAAGUAGCAGAAAAAAAGCAGGAGAUAAAAGAAGAGCAUGACAAAAUGGAUGGCCUGGCAAAAACGUGUGCUAAGUAUGAAAAUGAUUUGUCAUGGCUCAGGGGGGAAACAGAUACUGCCAGAGAGAAAAUAGAACGUCUGGAUAGUGAAUUAAGUGCACUAAAAGAUGAAUGUUGCAAUUAUAAAAACACUAAUGGAUCAUAUUUGACAGAAAUUGCUGAACUAAAGUCAUCAAUGACGAUACAAAAAACGGAGCAUGUUAAAGAUAUUAAAACCAGAGACAGUGAAAAAUCAAGUUUACUUGACGAAAUUGAAAAACGAAAGAAUGAAAUCAUUGUGUUGAAGGAACAACUAGCUUUUGCAGAUCAGAAAUGUAAAGAUAAGGCUAGUGAAUGUGAAAGCAAGCUGAAAGAAAUGACAAAUGAGAUUAAAGAAGUACAUGCAGAGAAGGUAAAACUAGAGGCGAACAAUAAUCUCUUGGUGAAAGAAGUAGCAGAAAAAAAGCAGGAGAUAAAAGAAGAGCAUGACAAAAUGGAUGGCCUGGCAAAAACGUGUGCUAAGUAUGAAAAUGAUUUGUCAUGGCUCAGAGGGGAAAAAGAUACUGCCAGGCAGAAAAUAGAACGUCUGGAUAGUGAAUUAAGUGCACUAAAAGAUGAAUGUUGCAAUUAUAAAAACACUAAUGGAUCAUAUUUGACAGAAAUUGCUGAAUUAAAGUCAUCAAUGACGAUGCAAAACAUGGAGUAUUGUGAAGAUAUUAAAACCAGGAACAGUGAAAAAUCAAAUUUACUUGACGAAAUUGAAAAACGAAAGAAUGAAAUCAUUGUGUUGAAUGAAAAACUAGCUUUUGCAGAUCAGAAAUGUAAAGAUAAGACUAGUGAUUUUGAAAGCAAAUUGAAAGAAAUGGCAAACGAGAUUAAAAGAGUGCAUGCAGAGAAGGGAAAGCUAGAGGCGGAAAAUGAAAUUUUGGUAAAAGAAGUAGAAGAAAAAAAGCAGGAGAUUAGUAGAUGGAACAUCAGACUUGAUGCCUUGACAAAUAUAGAAAAGAAAUAUGAGAUCGAUUCGGCUUUGCUCGUAAAAGAAAAAGAAAUCGAAAAAGAGGAAAGAGAACGUCUGGAUCGUGAAUUAAGCAAACUCAAUGACAAGUUUAUCAAUAAUUGCACAGCUUAUGAAGUACUUUCAAAAGAAAAUGCUAAAUUACAGUCAACAAUGAAUGAAAAUGAUUUGGCACAUCAAACUAUUAUUAAAGAAAAAAAUGAAAAAAUUUCAAGUCAGGAUGAGCAACUCAAGAAAACAGCGAAAACAAAUGAACAAUUGAUUUUGAAUAUUAAGGACAGGGAUGAAAGAAUUGUCCAUAUGGAACAGAAAAUUAUAUCUUUUGAAACAGAAAAUCAUCGAUUACAAAUGGAAAUAAAAACUCUGAAUAAACGUUUUGUAGACCAAAAAACUGAAUUUGAAACUAAAAUUGAUAAGUUAGAAAGUGACAGGGAAAGGUUGGAAAGGCAAAUGGAUAUGGUAAGACUAGAAUUUAAUGCAAAGCUUAAGGCACGUCUCAAUGAAACAGAAAAGCUGAAACAUGAAUUACAAGACAAAGAACAUGACCUUAAAGAAAGAACGAUACAAGCAGAAGAAACGCAGAAGAACAUGACAGAGGAUUUUAGAAAACAAAAAGAAGCUCAUGCAAUUGAAAUAUCGAAUUUUAAAGAUAUGGAAAAUACCCUCAAGGAGAAACAUCAAAGGACAGAGAGUAAUCUUAGGAAACGACUUGAUCAGGAGGAAAGUAUUAAGCAAUCACGAGACAUAGAAAUAAAACAGCUUAAUGCCGGCAAAUUGAAGCUUAUUGACGAUCUUAAAAGGCGGACAGCAGAGUAUGAGAACGUUAGGAGAGAGCUUGAAGCGAUAAAGAGCCGAAAAAUAAUUCAAGUUCAGUUGUAUUGCCAAAGUGGUGUUGGUCUGUUGUCAAGUGUCGAAGACGAGCUAAAAUGUGUGUUAAAGAGCAAAUUUGAUGUAGAAGAGAGUGUUGAUAUGGACAUCAUUGAUUGUGCUAAACCAUCAGACAUCAUUUCAGAUAUCCCUCUUCUCAUUUUAUGUAUCCAAGCUUCUCGACUUGGCACUGCUGUUACCACCACAGUUCAAGGACUUAAUUUGACACAGAAGAUGGCUGUUUUGAUAUUUCACCACAAAGAUAUACAUGCUUUACCAUCCCAGGCCAGUGAUCGUGUUCUGACACAGCCGGAGUUAAGAAAUCUCGGAGGGAUAUUUGACCUAGCCUUCCUUUCUGGGAAAGGAAUGUACGAGUGCGACAUGAACCGAGUUAACUUCAUCAGUUUGACCAAUUUUAUCAAGAGAGAGGGUACAAAGCGAUUAAAGGACGACUUGUAACUUCUUAAUAAAUCAUUUAAAAAAUGGUUAAGGAAAAACUUUAGUGGCUUAAUGUGUCACGUGAUGCUAAUUAGCUAGGCGACGCUUUAAAACGUUGUUUCAUUGUUUGGUGAAAUUGUUUAGUGAUAUUUAUCAUGCUUUGAUGAACUCCUUUUUAUGUGUUUUUGUUCAUUAUAUAUGCUGCCUGUGUGCUAAUUUGACGGUUCAAAGCGGUUUACAUGAACAGUGUUAUAAAAUGUUUGUAUAUUUAAAGAUAAUUAAAGUUAUAAAAUAAAGUUACAGCGCUUAAGUGUUAGGGUUUGUUUGGCGCUCUUACGAUGAAUGGUUGUAAUUUUUAUGACAAUAUCGUACUUUAAGAACAUUUGCAAUGUAAAUUGAAUAAUUUCAUUUGAUUGUGAUAUAAGUGAUUUAUUCAUUGACAUUUCAAUAAAAGUAUAGCAGAUCAACUGCAAAUGAUUUAGUGCACUGUAAUUAUACAAAUUUGAUUGUUAUACAUUCCAUUUUUCAAAGGACUUUAAUUCGUGUACAUAUCAUCCAUUCAUGAAAGUAUGUGUAAGCUCCGAGCUUCAUUAUUUUUGAUAAACAAAGUUUGAAUAAACAAAGUUUGAAUGUUAUACACAGUCAUUAUGUGCAUAGUU